AUGUCAUAUCCACAAUUCGGAUAUCCUUAUUCGUCUGCACCCCAGUUCCUCAUGACUACCAACUCUUUGACUUCCUGUUGCGAGUCCAGCGCUAGAUCCAUCUCGGACUCAAGCGUAGCAGCUUCUGCGCAAACGCCUGUCUAUUGCCCCGUGUACGAGAGCAGGCUGUUGGCCACCGCCAGGCACGAGCUGAGCUCUGCAGCGGCACUGGGAGUCUAUGGGAACCCUUACACCAGCAGCCAGGGUUAUGGAAACUAUGUUACUUACGGCACGGAUGCCUCUGCUUUCUACUCACUGGGCACAUUUGACACCAAGGAUGGGACAGCUUCUGCGCAUGCGGGGAUAACACAAGCUGCCGCUUACUAUCCUUAUGAUCCAACCUUGGGACAAUACCAGUAUGACAGAUAUGGCUCUAUGGAUGGGGGCACGAGGAGAAAGAAUGCCACGCGAGAAACAACGAGUACGCUAAAGGCCUGGCUACAGGAACACCGAAAGAACCCUUAUCCCACCAAAGGGGAGAAGAUCAUGCUCGCUAUUAUCACCAAGAUGACCCUCACACAGGUCUCCACAUGGUUCGCCAACGCCAGGCGGAGACUCAAAAAGGAAAAUAAGAUGACAUGGCCUCCUAGGAACAAGUGCUCAGACGAUAAGAGAUAUGACGAAGACGAGGAUGGGUCGCACGAGGAUCAGAUCAAGAACGAAACUAACGAUGAUGAGAACAGAAGUCGGGAAGACAAGGAUCUUCAGCUAAGCGAUUUGGACGACUUCGACACCAUCGAGUCGGAGAGUUCCGAGUGUGAGCUUAAGCAUCAGUUUCACUUGAACACUCAUAUGGCUACUACUGACUGCACGAAUGAUCAGCUUAAAGACGCAUCUAUAAAGUUAUCCAUUCCAGCCUCGCUCGAGGGAGACCGUAAUAUGACCAAGAGCUGCCUGAAAACAGGCGCUGGUGAGUGCGAGCAGGAAGCCAGCGGUGUCAGGCAGACCAAAACGUGUUUCCAGCAAGGCCAUCAAAUACUUGACAACAAGCCACGCAUCUGGUCGCUAGCCCAGACCGCAACUUCACUGAACCAAACUGAAUACCCGUCUUGCAUGCUUAGAUGUCAGCCGACCAUGCCCACCUCUCCAGCUGCCCCCUCGCCCGUGAACGGCCUCGACAGACAGCAAGAUUCACCGGUUACGACCCUCAGAAACUGGGUAGAUGGGGUUUUCCAUGACCCUUUGUUAAGACACAGCACUUUGAAUCAAGCGCAGACCAACACAACGGUUUCGUGGACCACGACCAAAGGCUCUAUACUGGAGACCGGUGCGCUCGAGCGAUCUGUUGGUAACAACUUGAUGAAAGGACACAUAACAACUCUGCAGCACCAGGAGUCUAAUAAGGAUAGCAUGACUUUCCCCAAAGCGGUGAACAAAAUGUUCUGUUCUUAA